AAUUGCUAACUGCAGAAAGGGGACAUGUCCCAUUUUUUACCACAAUAACAUUCGUACAUAAUCGUGUUCUAGAGGUCUAAACACAUCUCUACUGCAAAAACGGGCCAUGUUUAAUGAUUUAGCUCGGGGCUACAAGCGGAUGAAAUUUACGGUUACAGCAGAAAAGGGAUAUGUCCAGGAGAUAUCGACUUUCUGCAGUAAACACCGUGGUCUCAACGUCUUGCGCGGGAUAUCCGACUUAAACUUAACCUCAGUUGUGUUGUAAACUAGUAAACUGUAGAAAAUGAGUUCUAGUUCGGACAGUGAGGUUGAAACCCCUAAAAAGAGGAAAAAAGGUGUAGUGAAUAGUGAAGGUUAUAAGAGAAACAUUAUUAAAAAGGCAAAGCUUCAUGGUUUGCAACACGUUAACUAUGCUGGAAAGACCAUAUUCGCAAAAGUGAUUGCUGGAAAUGAAUGUUGCCAUCAAAAAUGUUUGACGAAGUUUACUGAUAACGAAAAACUUAAUAUGCAGCAAUUGUUUUGCAAUAUGGACACAAAAGAUCAACAAGACUUGCAUCUACAAAGACUAUUAGAGACUCAGCCUGUUUCGCGGAGACGGGGAAAAAUUGGCAUGGUUAACACAAAGCCAAAAUCAUUGACUGUAAAAUAUUUUGUACUUAACGGGAAUCAUAGAAUAGGUGUCUGCAAACAAGCAUAUUUGUCAAUCCACGGAGUGACUAAAAAACGUUGCGAACGUCUGGUGUUGCUUUUGAAAAACAAUAAAAGUCCAAAAGAUAUGCGUGGUAAAAAUGUGAGUGGUAAUGCUAUAAAAGGAACUGUAAUCGCCAACAUCCGUAGCCAUAUUGAAUCUUACCCGGUCAAAAUAUCGCACUACACAAACAAAGAAAUGCGAUAUCUGGAUUCCAAAUUAUCGGUAAAGACCAUGUACGAGAUGUUUAAAGAAAAUUUUCCAAAUGACCGCAUUUCAUAUAAAUUCUUUUGGUCAUAUUUUAAGGAAAACUAUGAUUUAAGAUUCGGUAGACCAGCCAAAGACACUUGCAGUACCUGUGAAGAACUCAAUGCCAAAAUAAAAAGCGAAACCUUAAAUGAUAAUGCUAAGGGAGUGGCGGUGGCUGAACUUUUGGUACAUAAACGACGUAGUAAGAAAUUUUAUACAACCUUAGAUUCUGUGAAAAAAAUGUGCGAGCAAAAUGAUGAUACUCUGGGUAUUUGCAUCGACUACAUGGCUAAUGUUUCGUUACCACAAAUACCUGUCCAAGAUAUCUAUUAUUAUCGCCAGCUAACAGUAUGCACAUUCGGAAUCCAUAAUCUCAAAUCGAAAGCAAUGACGUGUUAUGUUUACCACGAAGGAGAAGCCGGCAAGGGAGCAAAUGAUGUAUGUUCUUUUCUUAAACAUUAUUUUGAACAAGAUGCUGAACGUAAAAUUAAAAAACUUUACAUUUUUGACAACUGUUGUGGUCAAAAUAAAAACAACACCAUGAUUCGCUUUGCGAUGAGCCUAAUAGAACUGAAAAUAUUUGAAAAGGUUGAAAUAUUUUUCCCAAUAAGAGGGCAUUCCUUCAUGCCUUGUGAUCGAGACUUUGGUCUUAUUAAAAGGCAGCUAAACCGAGCUGAAAGAUUCUACACAGUACCUGAAUACAUUCAAAUAAUCUCUGCAGCAUCAAAGAAUCCUCAGAAAUUUUCAAUUGUUGAGGUUUCUAGAGAUAUGAUUUAUGAUUUUAAAAGCUGGUGGUCAAGAUUUUACAAAAAGACAUGCCUAAGUAAUGAAUCUUACGGGAAGCGCGUACCACGCAGUCAGAAAAAGUCAUUUGCGAUUGCUUCUUUUCAUCAGAUAACUAUUUCCUCACCUAGCGAAGUUGUUUGUCGAGAGCUGAUAAACGGUUUACUCACAGACACUUUUAGAUUGAGAAAUACAGAAAAGAAUUUGGCUUUUCCUACAACACAAGCGUAUCCCGAAAAACUAGCCAUCAGCCAGAAGAAAAUGACGGAUAUAACAAACACUUUACGAUUUAUCCCAGACGCUUAUAACGCAUUUUGGCAGGAGAUUGCUACUUGGCCAACUGUAGAACAGGAGCGCGAUAAUGACUAAGUUUUUUAAUCAGAUAUACAUAUAACAUGUUUGUG